CUUCAGCUUCCCUGUCAAGAUGGCGGCUCCGUUGACUCUGCUCCUGCUUGUGGCCGUCACUAUCCGCGCUGCUCUCUUCAGGUCCUGUUUAACGGACUUAAUUGCGGAGAGGGUGGAGGUGGUGUCGCCACUGACCGCCUGGAAGAGAGUGGUUGAAGGUUUGGCUCUGCUUGAUCUGGGAGUGUCACCAUACUCUGGAGAUGUUUUCCAUGAGACUCCUCUCAUCAUUUACCUCUUUCACUUUGUGGUGGACUACGCCGAGGUGACAUUUAUGUUGGCAGAUGUGAUCACUGCGGUGGCGCUCUACAUGGCCGUGAAGGACUACAACAAACAAGUGUUCAGAAAGCAGAAAUUUGCCUUGGAGGCCGACCGCUACCCCCUCGACUGUCUGGAGCUCAUCAGAAGCCCCAAAGAAAUGUACUACAUCCCUCUGAAAGUAGCCAUGUUUUAUCUGUUGAACCCGUUCACCAUCCUGUCCUGUGUCGCCAAGUCGACCUGCGGUCUGAACAACGCCGUCAUCGCCCUCUUCAUCCUCUCUACAAUAAGGGGAAAUGUUUUGCUCAGUGCCGUGUUUCUGUCCUUGUCCACGUAUCAGUCCAUCUACCCUCUCACUCUGUGUGCUCCAGCGCUGCUCUACUUGAUGCAGCGUCAGUACAUUCCCGUGAACUUCCGUCGCGCCAGUUUCUGGUGGUUCAUCACGGAGUACGCCUUCAUGUACCUGGGCAGCCUCUCCGUCAUCGUCUGUCUCUCUUUUUUCCUGCUCGGCUCCUGGGAUUACCUGCCCUCAGUCUACGGCUUCAUUCUCUCCGUACCUGACCUGACCCCCAACAUCGGCCUCUUCUGGUAUUUCUUCGCCGAGAUGUUUGAACACUUCCGCCUCUUCUUCCUCUGCGUUUUCCAGAUCAAUGUUUUCUUCUACACCAUCCCUCUGUCCAUCAAACUCAAAGAGCAUCCGGUGUUCCUGAUAUUCAUGCAGUUGGCUGUCAUCUCCAUCUUUAAGUCUUAUCCCACAGUAGGAGACAUCGCUCUCUACAUGUCCUUCCUUCCUGUGUGGAGUCACCUGCACAGAUUCUUGAGGAACAUCUUCCUGGUGUCCUGCGUUCUGUUGGCGUGUUCCGCUCUGUUCCCGGUUCUCUGGCACCUCUGGAUCUACGCCGGCAGCGCCAACUCCAACUUCUACUACGCCAUAACGUUGCUGUUCAAUGUGGCUCAGAUCCUGUUGGUGUCGGAUUAUUUCUACGCCUUCCUGAGGAGAGAACACCACCUCACCUAUGGACUGUACCUGAAGAGGAAAGACGGCUCUGAGGCAACACUCAUUCUGAAAUAAAAACACCCUUACACACACAUACACACUCCUACAGCCUCCACCAGGAAGCAGGAAGCUCCUCGAGUUCUCACUUUGUCUCAAAGUGAACAAACACAAACUGUGGAGGUGAGCUGACGAGAGUCUGGUGCAACUUCAUAUGCAAACAAACCCACGUCACACAAAACUAAGGUGGCGGAGGCUGCUUUUGUUUUGAAGAUGCCUCUUUUUUCCUCACAGCCACUCCUGGAGACUUUUGUUUUCAAGUCCCCCCUCAGUGCUUUUAUUUUGAAGCCCACACACAUUGACAUUUUUUUUCUCACAUUCUCUCAGACUAACGUUUGUGUUGACACUGGCUCGUGUAGCAGCAGCAGCAGCAGCAGCAGCAGCAGCAGCAGCAGGAUCAAAGAAAUCUGUUGUUUUUGACCCAUUUUAUUUUGUCAUUAAAGCUGCAGUAGGCAGGAUGUCGACGAUUCUCAUCUCCAGGUUGUUAAAAAAUAAGUUUUUCAAGAUGGGAGUCUCUCCUUCCACCAGACAAACAAGGACAGUUCAUUGUCCGACUCUGUUUUAGACGCCUUUUCCUUGGCAGUUUUAAACCCAAUGUUGAAUUUGUGACUUUACACUUGAAGGUACGUGCGUGCACAGCUAGUAGUAGAACGGCCAAUAGGGGGCGCCUUCUCCGCCUCUGAAGUGAUCUGUGAUUCAAGUCAAAGUCUUCCGUUACGAGCCAGGUUUCUCCAAGGCUGGAAACUCUAGGAGUCUCGAAGAAGGUAAGCGCUGAACAAGUAAAUAUCUCACAACAAGUGAGCUGCAGCUCAACUUCUUUUCACAACUGAUUCUUUUUCCUGAUGAAUUCAUUUUUCUGGGCCAGUAAAUGUUAGAACAUGAUGAAAAACAUUGAUCAGUGUUUCCCAAACCGCACUUUUAAUGAUUUCUUCUGUUACACGGAGCAGAGAAACAUUCACAUUUAACAAGCUGUAAAAAUCAAGUAAGUUGAAGUUCAGUGAUGGAUUAUUGAUCAGUUCAUUACUGCAGCCUUUUUCUCACAGAUAUCGCAACUGUGUCUUUUCCAAACACAGCUUUCACCUCAGUACUUCUGGCGUUUAAGAUUUAAAAUAAACAUUAACUGACACACUCUGAUAAAAAGGAUGAGAAUCUAAAGAUGGAAUUAGAUUCAAUCAUGUAUGCAUUCCACUCAACAAUCAUGUUUUUCAUUUUUUUUACCCUAAUUAAUCAGAUUUGAAAAGGCUUUUUACAUGACGUUAAAAGCCACUUAAUAAAUUAUUAUUUAUUAAGUGGCCAUUUAUUACAAAUGAUGCAUUUUCUGUUCAUAGAAACUAAAACAUGUAUUAAAUAUUGAGUUUCGACGUUAUUUUAAUAAACAAUAAUGUAGAUUGGUGAGACAGAACAUUAGUCUCGUACAAUAAGUGUUUGCUGAAGUUAAGACUUAAAUCUUUUGGUAUUUGUUACGGUUUUAUUUUAUCAGACGGUAAAAAGAGAAAACCGACCCAUCGGUCGAUCUCAACUUUAAAGCUUUUUAUGGAAUUAUCGAUCGCCGACCACGCGUCGCCUACUGCAGCUUUAACGACCGCACUCCAUGACAUCAGUGUUGCAUCAUAAGUGAAAACCAGUUGUAACCUCAUCACAGUAACAGUAACAUUAUAGAACACUAACUGCUAAAGAAAGAGUUAUGAUCCUGACCCAUGAGCCUCACAGAUUCUCUCCCUACUGAACGGAGAGUGUUGGGACAAAAAAGACGACGACAACAGUGAAUGUGUUUUUAAUUUAAGUCAAAUUCAGAGGCCUUAUUUUUCUUUUUCUUUGUUUGUUUGUUUUUGUCGGGUUUCUGAGUUGGAAAAUCCGAGUUCCGGGUCCGUUCCUUGACCUUGGAAAUUGGAAAUGUUAUGGGAAACUGGAAGAGUUCCAUUGGAUCCUGAGACUGAAAGAAGCGUGUCAGAUUAGAUUAGAAUAUGAAGCUAUCUAACGCAGAUUACUGACAGCAGUUCUACAGUCGACACAACCUUAACACCUCAAAAACGUCGCCAUGGCUAUUUUCCACCACUUAAUCCACCCUUGUCAGGUUCUUGGUUGACAGUGUGCUGUCAGAGUCGGCACUGCCUGAAAUGUGUGCGCAAGUUAAAACUGACUUUUUUAUGUAUACUAGGUGAGUCUUUGAUAACAUUGUUGCCUGUUAACGUCUAUGAUACAGUAAGAAUGCCUUUGCUGCUUUAUCUCGCUGUUAGACGACCUUCUUCAACAGGAAACGCAUGUUUUGUAAACCAGUCACUGUCCUGCACCAAAGUCCAUAGAGAAAAUCACGGGGCCGCUGGUUUUCACCCACGGUUUACAAGGUGGCACACACUUCAGUUUUCAGUCAAGAAGAGCUGCCAAACGGUGAGAUAAAGCAACAGACACAUGCUUACGAUAUCAUAGACUUAAACGGGCGUACAUUGUAUCAGGUGAGCCUUUUUGGUCAGCGUACGCUGCAGUUUUGUAGGCACAGAGGGCGACUUUGUGUCGAUAACUGACUCAUCAAUUUUCAGUUAUUUGUCAAUUUGCAAUAGAUAGUGUUGUAUCGCCUUUUUUCAACACUUCACUCUGUCAUGCUUAUAACCCCCACUAAUCAGUAUAAGUAUAAUAAGUUUUUUUAGUUUGGAUACGACCAAUUACACACAGAUCUAAGUUAUUGUCAACCUUAUUUUUUAAGUUUAAACUUCCUUUGAAUACAAGAAAAAUAAAGUUGUUGAUCGGCGUCUGUGUGAAACUGGGCAUGGAAUCAGUGAUAAAACAGCCAAACAUGGACUUUUCACUCAUAAACAGUCUGUCCAUCUGCAUUCUUCAGUCUGCGUUUAAGUUUUAUUUUAACCGCUCGGAUGAAGUCAAGUUUUGAUACCAAUGAGUCCUAUUUAUUUAUUUUCUGCACUGAAAACUUUGCAAAGAGAUUUAAUGUUUGUGUUUGUCUUUAUUUUUUUUUCUCCUGUUGUCUCAGAGGAAACAUCCCUUCUGAUUUUGAUACUGUACAUAGAAAAGGUGAUUUGUUUUGUUACAGAUAAUAAAGUGGAGGGGUUUGAAUGAGUGAAAAUGUUAUUAAAUGACGAUUAUUAA